AGAGUUCUAUUGUUUUGUCACAAGUGACUAAGAAAAUAGAAAAAUGGGAAGCAAUAGUAUCCCAAGGAUUCGAGUAGGUUCAACAAGCCUUCCGGUGCUGGGAUUCGGAACAGCUGUGUUCCCUUUUGCUGCAUCAGAAACCAUGAAAGAAUCCAUCCUCCAUGCAAUCAAACUUGGCUACAGACACUUCGACACCGCCGCCGUUUACAACUCCGAACCGUCUCUUGGUGAAGCCAUAGCAGAAGCUCUGCGUCUUCGCCUCAUAACGUCUCGUGAAGGGUUAUUCAUCACCUCAAAGCUCUGGUGCAGCGAUGGACACCCUCACCUUGUCCUCCCUGCACUACAAACCACUUUGCAGAAGCUGGGAUUGGAGUAUAUUGAUCUUUAUCUCAUCCACUUUCCGGUGAGCUUGAAGCCGGGAACCGGCUAUGAGGUGCCUUUCAAUAAGGAGAAUCUUGUUCCCAUGGAUUUCAAGUGCGUUUGGGAAGCCAUGGAGGAGUGUCAUAGACUUGGCCUCACCAAAAACAUUGGAGUCAGCAAUUUCUCUUGUAAGAAGCUAGACCAGUUACUUCUAACUUCAAACAUCACUCCCAUGGUCAAUCAGGUGGAGAUGAGCCCACUUUGGCAGCAAAAUAAGCUCAGAGAGUUUUGUGAGAAAAAGGGAAUCCAUGUCGUUGCUUAUUCACCUUUAGGGGCAAGAGGAACAUUAUGGGGAACCAACCAAGUCUUAGAUUGUGAGAUUCUGAAAGAGAUUGCCAAGGCCAGGGGAAAGACAGUUGCUCAAGUUUGUUUGAGGUGGGUUUAUGAGCAGGGAGUGAGCGUUCUUGUGAAGAGCUAUAAUAAGGAGAGAAUUAAAGAGAAUCUUGAGAUAUUCGAUUGGACAUUGAGCCUUGAGGAUUGCCACAAGAUUAGUCAAAUUUCACAGCAGAAAAGGUAUCAUGGACUAGAAUUCGUAUGGGAUAAAGGCCCAUACAAAUCUGCUCUUGAGUUUUGGGACAAGAAGAUCUAAUUCAUGUUAAAUAUCACAAAUCUUGUAAACAAGAAACUGCAUUAUUAAGCUAAGUUGGCCUUAAAUAGCCGGACUUCUAACCCGAUACAUAUUUGUGUGCUCUAUAUGCAAAUCAAUAUAGCUAUCAAUAUUGAUAUUAGAUUAUGUUUUUUUUUUUUUUUUUUUUUUCUUGUAAUAUAAGUUUAUGGAUUUUAUGAAAUUGCUUUUCUAGUACUAUUGGUUUAAGACCAUCC